CCCAUGGAAAGUAGCGAGUCGUAGUCAACAUCAUAUUUAGUUGUUUGUAUUGACUUUUCAACAUUUCAGUUCAAGAUACGGAAACUAGACAUUUCCACUAUAGGAUUGUUCGCUCGAUCAUAUGUUCGAGUGACAAACCUGUCCACUAUCAUUGUGCCAAGGACUGUAUCGUGCACGCGUGCGACACUGAGUCGUCUGAUUCCUGCCAAUCCUGGUGUUAAUUUUUGCAACAGCAUGUCGACGACAACCCAGAUAACAGGAGACGCAUUUUUCUCUCGGAUGAACCCAACAACGGGUGCAAUUGAAUGGAUGAUGCAAGAUCAAGAAUACGAUUACCACCAAGAAGUAGCUCGCUCGGCGUAUGCUGAUAUGUUACACGACCAUGAACGGAACAAGAAAUAUUAUGUGGCUAUACAAGAAGCUGUAAAAAUAAUCCAUGAACGCGGAGAAAAGGCACAUGUACUUGAUAUUGGUACCGGUACAGGACUUCUAUCUAUGAUGGCUGCACAGGCUGGCGCUGAUAUGGUUACUGCUUGUGAGGCAUUUGUACCUAUGGCCCAUACUGCUGUCAAGAUAGUCAAGUUAAAUGGCUUUCAGGACAAGAUAAAAGUUGUUUCCAAGAGAUCAACAGAAAUGAUUGUUGGUCCAGAUGGGGAUAUGCCAUUCAAGGCUAAUAUACUGGCAACUGAAGUAUUUGACACUGAACUGAUCGGUGAAGGAGCUCUCCCCACGUACAAGCAUGCUUUAGAACACUUGCUUGAGGAUGAUUGCAUUACAGUUCCCAGUUCAGCUACUGUCAUAGCACAGGUUGUAGAAUCUGAAAUGAUCUGGAAAUGGCACAAACUUCUUCCAAUCAAACUGCCUAAUGGCGAUGACAUCAUACCUCCAGCAGACAUGGAAAGCUGUCCAGGAGCACCUUCAGUACAUGAUUUUCACCUUGAUGAAUUGAGAUGUGACCAAUUUCAGCCAAUCACAAGGCCUGUUGAGUUAUUACAUUUUCCAUUCAACAAGUAUAAUAUACAAAUGCAUAGGAGCAAUACGGUUGAGGUGAAAGUACUGCAAACUGGUAGAUGUCACGCUGUUUUCAUGUGGUGGGAUUUACAAAUGGACACUAAGGGUGAGGUGCUCUUAAGCACUACACCAUACUGGGCCAUGCCAAGUAAAGAUGAAUGGCCACAAUGGCGGGAUCAUUGGAUACAGGCUGCAUAUUAUCUGCCAAAAGCAGUUUACUUUCAAAAAGAUGAAACUUUAAGAUUGAGCGGCAGCCAUGAUGAUUACUGUAUUUGGUUUGAUGUCAAACAGGUAGACGACUCUACAGUGACUGAUGAACGACCGAUAUGUGAGUCCCUGGCCAGUAUGGUAUGGAGUCGACAGCGCAUUGGUAUGUUGAAUGAUGAAACACGACAACAGAAAUAUACUAAAGUUCUCAGACAGCUUAUCAAUGCUGAUUCUCUUGUCUUGUCCGUCAGUGACAAUUCCUUGCUGGCAUUGAUGGCUGCAAAGCUUGGCGCUAAAAAAGUGUUUACAGUUGAGAAUAGGUCUGGAUCACAUGGUGUCAUUGAUGUUAUGGUCCGGGAAAACAGUCUACAAGAUAAAGUGAAAAUUCUCAACAAAAGAGUGGAAGACCUGAUAGAAGAGGACCUCGAAGAUCAAAAGGUCAGUAUUGUGAUUGGUGAGCCAUAUUUUAUGAAUUCUGUCGUACCUUGGCAUAAUAUCUAUUUUUGGUAUGCGAGGACCAAAUUAGACCCAUACCUCACACCUGAUUGUCAAAUAACACCAAGACUGGGAUUAUUGAGGGCCAUUGUUGUUGAGUUUGAACAUCUGUGGAAGAUUAGAGCACCUAUUGGUGAACUGGAAGGUUUUGAUGUAUCGCCAUUUGAUGAAUUGAUUCAGAAAUCUAUGGAGUACAGUGACCGUGGAGCUGAACCACAUCCGUUAUGGGAGUACCCAUGCCGACCUUUGACCCAAGAUAUUGACCUCUUGAACUUUGACUUUAGUAAAAUACUCACAGAGAAAAUGCUCAGGACAUCUGGCAGUGUUGCCUUUCAAAGUUCUGGUACGUGUCAUGGUGUAGUAUUAUGGAUGGACUACAAAGUAGAUGAUAACACUACCAUACAAACAGGGUUACUCGACUCACCUAGCAAUUACCAAGACAAACUGAACUGGGAUCCCCACUCGCAGCAAGGUGUCUAUUUCUUACCGGAGAAUGCCAAGAUAAACAUAGACACUCAACAACCAAGACUGGAUUACAACGUAACAUUUGAACCCAACACUGGCGAUGUACAGUUAUAUUUUAAAGUUGUAUAA